AUGAAAAAGACUACUUGGAAUUUCAAACAGAACCAAAGAGAAUUAUACCGAAAACUUUUUGGUUCGACGAAUCGGAAAUCUCUCAAUUCCUCUGAACAUUCCUAUAUUCCUAGAGUUUUUGAAAAGAUCGACGUUUCGGGAAUGUGCAAGGCUGAACAUUUCGAGGAACCUGACAGAAAAAAACUCAAAAAGAAUCAUUCUGAUUUUGUUCUGAGCAGGCAACUGGGAAUGAUUAACGACUCAUUUGAACUGACAGUAGUUCCCAAAUCCAACACAUCUAUUUACAUUGACCUAUAUUCGUUUUAUAAAGAAAAAGACAGUGAAAAGCGAUGGGUCGGAGGGAUGGGUGACAGUGGUGAAAAGUUCAAGUUUCCGUACCUUCCAUACGAUCCUUGGUGUUCUGCUGACCUACACGGACACCUAUUCUGGGUCGCGUGUACUCCCGCAAAAAUGGUUGAAGCUGAAUAUGGAAAGUUGUGGUAUGAAGAUCGUCCGACUUCAGAGUAUCUUUGGAAUACGCAAGCGAGACCAAAUGGUAGAUGGAGUGAGAGGCAGAUGAAAGAAGUUUAUAAAGUCUAUGUCUAUGACCCCUGA